AUGAUUAUUUCUCUCCUUUUGGCGUGUUGUAUGAUUUUUACAGCAUCAGGAAUCUUCUUUGCUCUCUCUCGCUCUCUCUCCAUUUAUUUAUGUGUGUGUAUCUGCAGAAAUCUCAGGGUCAAAAUGGCAUCCGAUUCUCUUCCUCCGCCUGAAAACCGCAUCGUUGUGGGAUGUGGAAUUGCGGUCGUUGAUUACUUGGCGGCAGUGGCGGCGUAUCCUCAGCCCGACGAAAAGAUCAGAACCACGAGCUUGAAGGUUCAAGGGGGUGGAAACGCCGCAAAUGCAUUAACCUGUAUGGCUCGUUUGGGCUUAAAUCCAAGGCUAAUUUCCAAGGUUGCAGAUGACACUCAAGGUAGGCAUAUUUUGGACGAGCUCGAAGCUGAUGGUGUGGAUACUUCCUUUUUCGUGGUUUCCAAGGAGGGUAAUACACCAUUUACCUAUAUUAUUGUUGACAACCAAAUGAAAACUCGUACUUGUAUCCACACCCCAGGAUAUCCUCCGAUGAAACCAGAUGAACUUUCCCGAGCAAGUUUAUUAACUGCAUUAGAUGGUGCGAGAAUUGUCUAUUCUGAUGGAAGAUUGCAUGAAACUGCUUUAAUUCUUGCACAAGAGGCAGUUCGCAAGAGGAUACCCAUCUUAAUUGAUGCAGAAAGGCUAAGGGAAAAUCUCCUGAAAUUAGCUGAUUAUGCCAUAUGCUCAGCAAAAUUUCCACAGGCAUGGACAGAGGCACCAUCUGUUCCAAGUGCACUUGUUUCCAUUCUUUUGAGAUUGCCAAAUAUCAAGUUUGUGAUUGUGACCUUGGGUGAAGAAGGAUGCAUAAUGCUUGAGAGAAGCGACGAUGAGGGUCUGCAGACAGAAGAAAUUGACGUAGAAAUCUUAUUAGAAUCAUUAAAGCAGCAAAAGGACGAAAGUCUGGCCAUCCCAACAUGCAUAUCAUCGCCAGUGACAAGAUUGAGAGCAAAUGGCAUAGCUACAGUAUGUGGGAGGUUAUUUCUUGGAACAGCUGAGAAGAUACCGCCAUCAGAACUUAUUGAUACAACUGGUGCUGGGGAUGCAUUUAUUGGAGCUGUUGUUUAUGCUUUAUGUUCCAACAUGCAGCCAGAAACAAUGUUGCCAUUUGCUGCUCAAGUGGCAGCAGCAAACUGUAGAGCUUUGGGAGCUCGAACUGGUCUUCCACUCCGCUCGGAUCCACGCCUGGCAUCGUUUUUACAUCAGAGUUGUUGAAGUCCAUGCCAAAGUGAGGGUCACAUCUUCAGCAACGUAAACGAGUAGCAUGGGAUUCAACAUGCAAGAUGGACUUUUUAUGUUUUAUGUUUUAUGUUUAUUCAUACACUUGUUUUUGGUUGUCUUUUUUUUAAAAAAUAAAUAAACAUUUUGUUUAUAUUAUUUCUGAUUUUCUUUUAUC